AUGGCGUCUCGGUCAAAAGCUCACAAACAGCUGUCGUGCAAGCAAUCACUGCUAUUAUUCCGAAGACAGGGUGGUGGGCGGAAGCAAGGAUCGAAUGCAAACUCCAGGCACCUUCGUAACAAGCUGAGCUGCUGCUGCGAUACGUGGAAAUGGCUUUCAAAAGCGAAAUAUAUUUAUCUUGCGUACCUGCUACGUAGAGUCUACUGA